AUGUUUCACCACAAAAAGAAGGUUCUUCCUUCUUGCCCUAAUAUCCUUACUCCUGACCAGAUCCCUAAAUUUUUUAUACCUCCUAAACUGCCGUCUAUGCUGGGCAAAAGUGGACACGCUCGAGCGGUUCUAGAUAAGACAAACUCAGAAAUGGGAUACAAGACUGUGCCAAGGGUGCUGCUUUGGUCAGCCAACCGGCACGUCAUCCAGGUGGAGGAUGCGGAACCAGAGACAGAAGACCCCGGGGAAAAUCCAAAUCCCAACUUUCCAGUGUCCAUCAUGGGCAGUCCACACCUGUCCGAGAGCCCCCACACUCGCAGGAGGGAAUCUCUCUUCCAUGAGAUGUGUGAGACACACGGAUCCUGUGAGAAGACCUUGUCUCCCAUGGACUUUACAAUGGGCUGGAGGUCAUCGUCAUCCUCGGAAGCAGAUCUUCCGCAUGUUUCCCUCGGCCAUAUGGAAAACGACACUACUUCAUCCUCAGAGUCUUCUCCCUUUAGUUCUCCUCUGCUAACACGUAACUUGGCUGGGAACCUCGUGAGCCACGUCUACAACAAGCAGCGCCUCUUUUUUCAGUCUAUGACCGGGAGAGCCCUUGAUCGGGCAAACUCCUUGUCCACUGAGGAGACCAGCUCAACAGACACCAGCCCCAACUUCCCUCGAAAGCAUGGCCAGAUGCAUUUGGUUCCUCCACCUAUCUUUCAUUUGGAUUUCAUCUGCUGUCAGGAGAGGUUGACGAAGGAGACAGAGGUCAUGCUGAGUAGGGGAGGUCUUCUCCACCUGUCGGCAGAGUACAUGAAGGAGCUGAUGCGGCUGAGGGUGAAGCUUGUCAGUGCAGAGAACCUGUACCCUGUUAAUCAGGACCCCAAGACAAUAAGCUGUUGUGUUGUCCUGUACCUGCAUCCAGGGAAGUUACAGAAGCAGAGGAGCACUGUCAUCCGCAGAAGCAGGAGCCCCAUCUUCAACGAAGACUUCUUCUUUGAGGGGGUUGAGAAGGAGAAACUGAAUACUAGCAGCCUAAGGGUGAAAGUUAUAAACCGCGGGUCAGGCAUGCGGCGGGAUCUUCUGCUGGGGGACAUUGUGCUCCUUCUCUCAGACAUCGUACCCUAGCUUAUCGGUUCCUGAUAGGAACGAAGGGCUAGCGGUCUGUGCAACUCUUUAUUAGAGGAGUAUUUGUGUGAGGGUCAGGACAGAGCUAACACGUGAUUGCACAUUCGGUUUUUAAACAGUGUCUCAUUGUAAGGUUUGGAGGUGCAAAUAAAAACCAACGU